UGUGCAGCCUUUGAAACGGCUGCGCUGAACAAGCUGUUCCGCACGAUUUGAAAAUAAUCCGCGUGUCAGUGUCAUCUUUCUUAUGCAAAGUAGCUGUCUUUGAAGGCGGAUCUUUGGCAGGUUAGACCAGGACAGAGGCUCCGAGCAGCCCAGACGAGCGCGCAGCCACCAAACGCUUCCACCGGCUGCUCCGGGGAGGAGCGCAGGGGAAUUUCUUCUCUUUUCUCGGAGGACGUUCAUUUUUGACGCGUUUUCUUGAGUGAUUACCUGCUUCUGCGCGGAGACUGCUGCACAUGUGGGGUUGGAAAUAAUUUUGUUGAAGUUUUUGAGACCAGACAACGAAGCGACAGCUCCGAAAAGUGCCAUGCGGCGUGGAAACGACGCGUUUGGAAUUGUUUGGAAUCUGGAGCGAAGAAAAAUGGGACUUGUGGUUCAUUUCUUUUUGACCCAGGAAGACUGAUGUGCGUAAAUGAGGAGUAGCUCGAGCGCUUAAGCCGCACUGAGAGAAUGGAGCAGACAACGCGCCCUCAGCGCGGACCCGUUUCCUUUCCGUCGUGGGAUUUCUCUGUUUCUGUUAAAGUCUGCAAAUCUCCACUGAGGAAAUCAUGAUCUUGCAGAUCUUUCUGGUUCCACUUUUACCUUCUUUUCUGGAUUUCUAGGUUUAUAUCUGAACCAAUUUACUUGAUUGUAUUUGAUUGUUUGUCUUAAAAUUGAGUUGUGGACAAUGCCCUCAAGUGUCAAAGGCUUCCUCCUCCUGGUGCUGCUGGUGCUGUGGAGCAGCAAGGCUUCAGCCAUCAGCUCAAUAGACCCAGACUGGUCAGGAGAGGGGAGAUGUCAGCACAUAACCAUCCCCCUGUGUAAAGACAUCGGCUACAACAUGACGCGCAUGCCUAAUCUCAUGGGCCAUGACGAUCAGUUAGAGGCAGCAAUAAAGCUGCAGGAAUUUGCAUCACUGAUCCAGUGUGGAUGCCACAGCCACCUUAAGUUUUUCCUGUGCUCCCUGUACGCUCCCAUGUGCACGGAGCAGGUGUCCAACCCCAUUCCAGCAUGUAGGGUCAUGUGUGAGCAGGUCAAGGUGAAGUGCUCCCCCAUCCUGGAAAAGUUCCAGUUCCCCUGGCCUGACUCUUUGGACUGUUCCCGUUUGCCCACCAAGAACGAUCCGAAUAACCUGUGCAUGGAGGCACCAAACAACAGCUCGGAUGAGCCACCAAAGGUCCCCCACACCCAGCCACCAGACUUUCGGCCACAGCAGCCCCUGAGUGGGCAGGACCUGCAUCCUAAGGACAUUGGAGAAAAACAGACUUGCAGUAACCCAGGAAAGUUCCACUUUGUGGAGAAAAGUGAGUCAUGUGCCCCCAAAUGCUACCCAAAAGUAGAUGUAUUCUGGAGCCAGGGAGACAAGCAGUUCUCUCUGGUGUGGAUGGCCAUCUGGUCCAUCCUGUGCUUUGUCUCCAGUGCCUUCACUGUUCUCACUUUCCUAAUUGACCCGCAGCGGUUCAAAUACCCCGAGAGGCCAAUCAUCUUCCUCUCCAUGUCCUACUGUGUUUACUCCGUGGGCUACCUCAUUCGACUUUUUGUGGGAGCUGACGGAAUAGCCUGUGACAGAGACAAUGGGGUGCAGUAUAUUAUCCAAGAGGGCCUUGAGAGCACUGGCUGCACCAUUGUGUUCCUCAUCUUGUAUUAUUUUGGCAUGGCCAGCUCCCUCUGGUGGGUUAUCCUGACCCUCACAUGGUUCCUGGCUGCAGGGAAGAAGUGGGGUCACGAGGCCAUUGAGGCCAACAGCAGCUACUUCCAUCUGGCGGCGUGGGCCAUCCCGGCCGUCAAGACCAUCAUGAUCCUGGUGAUGAGGAAGGUGGCUGGGGAUGAGCUGACUGGUGUCUGCUACGUGGGCAGCAUGGAUGUCAAGGCUCUCACAGGUUUUGUGCUCAUUCCUCUCUCUUGUUAUCUUAUUAUUGGAACUUCUUUCCUGUUAUCUGGAUUCGUGGCACUUUUCCAUAUCCGAAAGGUUAUGAAAACAGAGGGAGAGAACACAGACAAGCUUGAGAAGCUGAUGGUUCGCAUUGGGGUCUUCUCUGUGCUUUAUACUGUCCCAGCCACCUGCGUGAUUGCCUGCUAUUUCUAUGAGAGACUCAACAUGGACUACUGGCGCAUCCUGGCAUGGAAGCAGAAAUGUGUGGACGGCAGCAGGCCAGAGUCAGACGAGUGCGUCAUGAAGGCUUCAAUACCCGCCAUUGAGAUCUUCAUGGUGAAAAUUUUCAUGCUGUUGGUGGUGGGCAUCACCAGCGGUAUGUGGAUCUGGACCUCAAAGACUUUGCAGUCAUGGCAGAACGUGUUCAGCAAAAAGGUAAAGAAGAGGACGAGGAGAAAGGCGGCCAGUGUGUUUACCAGCAGCAGGCCUUAUAUAAAACCUCACCCAUCUCUAAAAGGGCAAAAUUUCAAGUAUGAGCCUACUCGGCCCCCUCCGACAUGUGUAUGAGCUGGUUCUCUUUGUACGAACACCCCCUCCCAGAAUCAUUUCAAACACACUUGAAAUGAUCAGAGUCACUAAAAGAUUCAAUUUUGUUUUAUUUAUUCAGUAUUAAUUGAAAAAUGGCUUUCUUCAACGCCAACUGACAAGAGCCAUUUUUAUUUGAGGAAAGAUAUGUGGACCGUUUUAGUCACUCGCCCCAUAAGGGGAACUUAUAUGAUAAAAAAAAGGUAUAAAAGCAAAAACAGUGGAGUCACUUGGAUAUGGCACAACAUUGCUGGAAUAAUGUGCAAUAGAUUACACACCACAUAGAACCCCAUAUAUAACACUGAAGGCAGUGUCAUAUAUGUCUGGACUGAAAGCAGCUGUUCAACAACCUUCCCACUGCCUAUUGUGAAGCAAAUCCGUGCCAUAAAUUAAUGAAGCACUCCUAAGUUGAAAAGUUAUAUGUACACAUUUUUGUCUUUUCUUUAUUUACUGUUUUAUAUCAUAAGGAGGCAUUUGUAUAUAUUUCUAAAAGGUUAAGAUUUUAUAGAAAAAUAAAAACACUCUAGUUUUGAAUGUAAA